AUGUCAUCUCCACUCCCGUCUUCUAUCUUUUUAUGCAAUGCGGACGACGAAUCAGCCGAACAGCCAUCUGAUGACACGGCGACUAUGAUUGAUAGUGAGAUUCAAAGUGAGGAUGGAAAUUUCAGGCCUGAGACAACGCCGACCGACACACCUAUACCCCCUAGACCAUCACAUCUGGAACAUCCCGGCAACAAGAACAUUCGGCAUGGAGGAGACUUGAUGCAUGAGGAGGUGGUGCUUAUGACGCAUCCAGUUGACAUUGUUCUUCAGCUACUUGGACCUGCCUGCCUCCUUCUUUGUGAGCUUCAUCAGGUCCUUCGCCUCAAGCCGAGCGAAUUUCCUAAGGUGUUCAACGCUCAGGCUGUCUGCGUCCACAAGGAGUGCAUUGCAACCAAGCAAGGCUAUAUUGAUGUCGUCUUUGGCGGUAAUAUCGUUGGAAUUGGCGACUUGGCCCAUAAGGGACUUGAAGAUCGACUUUAUUCGAAUCUUCCACUGUGGGAAAUUGUUCAGUGGGAGACUGUGUUUAGAGCUUUUGGUCUUUUCUUGCAACAAAGGCCCAAGGACUCCAUUGCCAUAUCAGAUAUAAUAGUUAUCGCGGAAACUUUGGUAGAAGCUCUUACAGUGAAAAAAGAAUAA